AACAGUGGUAGUGUAGGAAUACGGUACAAACGAAUAGACGGAAUUGUGGAAAACUAAAAGACAAAAAAUAAUAACGAUGGAGCCCGCGAUGGAGUCAGAUGCCACCACCACAGAGCUGGAGGAACGAAAGGAGCUUGAGGAGGCCGCCGGAGCUACCGGGGCGACUUCGACCCCGGGAGACGCAAAUGCUGCUACUGGAUCGGAGUCUGCUGGGGACUUUUCUGAAGAACAACUGCAUGUAUUUGCUGGUCAUCAAAAGGGAAACUAUCCUCUAUACGCAGAUGAUAAACCAGCCGGUGGUGUAAACUAUGAAUAUUUGGAUCAUACUGCAGAUGUCCAAUUACACUCUUGGGGUCCAACACUCAAGGAUUCAUUUGAAUCGGUAGUGCAAGCAAUGUUUGAUUACAUGACUGACAUCAGAUGUGUAGAAAGUACCAUAAAUCAUGACGUUUCAGUUGAAGGAGAUGAUAUGAAGUCCUUACUCUUCAAUUUCUUGGACGAAUGGCUCUUUGUUUUUUCAGCUGAACCUUUCUUUAUCCCGAGGGAAGUCAAGAUCACAGAAUUUGAUACGAAGAAAUUUAAAAUUCAGUCAACAGGGAUUGGAGAAUAUUUUGAUCUUGUCAAGCAUCCACAGGGGACAGAGGUUAAAGCCAUUACUUAUUCCAACAUGCAGAUCCACGAAGAUAAGGACACAAAUGACGUCUACGUGAUCAUCGACAUCUGAUACAAGCUCAAUCGAGAGCAUAGACUUUCUCCUUAUGCAAGCAAACAUUAGAGCGAGUAUAUGGGACUGUACCGGCUGUUUGAAUAUAUCUUCAACGCUGAGAUAAAGUGGAUUCCUAUGUCUUUCAAUACUUGAUCAUCCACGGCUUUUCAAAAGUAUUUUCUUGCUUCUAAUUGGAUAAAAUCAAUCAUGUAGAAAACUUUAUAGACGAAAAGUAUAAACCAGCUCCGAUCAUGACUGUAAAUCAAGCAGCUGGAAAGAUGUGAUGGAAAUCAGUUUUGCAUAAGUAAACAGGCCUGCCGUAUAAAAUAAAGAAAAUAAAUAAAACAAAUAAUACAUGUGUGCUUUGACAUAGAACAGCCUCUUACUUUUAUCAGCUGGAUGAUGAUCUAUGGUGCCUAUUUCUUUGAUAUAUCUUUAGAGGAUGUUCUGUCCA